UCUCUUUUCCACAGUUACUAAAGGCGUGCUUCUGUUUUUUUAGGUUUAAAUACAAAGUGAAUAAGAAUGUCAAUAGUCACAGUCCAGCUUGGUCAGUGUGGUAAUCAGAUUGGUCAUGAGGUGUUUAAUGCUAUCUGCGGUGAUGUCCAUGGCACGCAUGGGUUGUGUUCCAAGAAGGAGAAUGAAUCCUACCAUGAUGCUUGCAAAGAACGUUUUUUCAGAGAGGAGGAAUCUGAAGUACCUGUUGCCCGAGCUGUGCUUGUUGACAUGGAACCUAAAGUAAUCAGCCAAACCUUAUCAACAGCUGCCAGGUCUGGCUACUGGAAAUAUGAUGGUCGGUCACACUUCUGUCAGAAGCAAGGGUCUGGGAACAACUGGGCAAAUGGUUAUUCUGUUCACGGGCCUAAACACAAAGAAGUAAUAAUGGAUCUGGUACAAAAAGAAGCAGAGAAAUGUGAUCGACUCGGUGGAUUUUUCACAAUAAUGAGCAUGGCUGGUGGUACAGGAUCUGGCUUGGGAGCGUUUGUGACCCAGUGCUUAAGAGAUGCUUUUCCAAGCUCAUUUAUACUAAACCAUGUUAUCUGGCCCUACGGCACUGGUGAGGUCAUUGUUCAAAACUACAACUCUGUUUUGACUCUGUCACAUCUGUAUCAGUCAUCAGAUGCUCUUCUUGUUCAUGAAAAUGAUGUCAUCCACAAGAUCUGUGCUCAGCUGAUGAAUAUUAAACAGAUCUCCUUCAGGGAUGUAAAUCAAGUCAUUGCACAUCAGCUGGGGAGUGUUUUCCAGCCCACUUACACAGCAGAAGGUGGCUUACACUACAGCAGAAACCCAUUAGGAGACUUAAUGGAGACGUUAGUUCCACAUCCCGAAUUCAAGAUGUUGGGUCUUCGUAACAUACCUCAGAUGCCUGAAAGCUUCCUCGCUUAUAGCGCAUUCAGUUGGCCUGGACUCAUCAAACAUUUAAGGCAGAUGCUCAUUGCUAAUGCUAAAAUGGAGGAAGGUAUUGAUUGGCAAGUACGACCACCAUGUCUGGGCUCCUCCAUCCCCUCCAGUCAUUCCACAAACAAGCCACUGCAUUUCAAUACUUCCAUUGCCAACCUGGUUAUCCUACGAGGAAAAGAUACGCACAGCGUAGACUUAGGAAGUUUCCGAGAUCCCUCAUUAUAUACAUCAUGGCUAAACCCUCAGGACGCUUUUAAUGCAUGGAAAACACCAAGAGCAUUUAACAAGUAUGAAAAGUCUGCUGCUUUGGUCAGCAAUAGCUUGCUGAAACCUCUUGACAGUGUUGUAGGAAAAGCUUGGAAUAUGUUUGCUUCCAAAGCCUAUAUUCACCAGUACACUAAAUUCGGAAUUGAAGAGGAAGAUUUCCUGGACAGCUUCACAGCUCUGGAACAAGUUAUCUCCAGUUACAGCAACCUUUGA